AUGAACAGAAUCAAGGACCCCGAAGUCCACCUCAUGGGCGCCUUCACGACUGGCACCGCCGCCAACCUCCGUGUCAUGGACGUUUGCAUUAUGAACUAUCACGAAUAUCUGGAUCUUCGAGACGAUGAAGGAACCCUGUUUUCGAAGGGCGAAAAGUGCGACGAUAUCACCCAGGCCAAGUGGUGGAUCGGCGAGGAUGGAAUGCUGUCGAUUCGGGUUAGAGAGGCCGCGGGCGAGUACCGCAUCUGCGCCACGAAGAUGAAGCUACGCGAUUCGAAGCUACGCGAUGCUGGACGUGGUUGGGCGAGUGUCAACGUCAUUUGA